UCAUCGUGAUCUUGUUCGACGUAAGCACAGUUUCUUUUAAGUAGAGAAACUGUCGUUUCGGCUGAGGAAAUUGUCGUUUUAAAGAGGGAGAGUAACUCAUCUUCUCACCAUGGAUGAGAAUUCAGCUAUUAUCGAGCAAAUUCUUAGGGAAGACGAGCUGGAUAACAGCACAUACUACUCUAACCAAAGUGAUGACGCCUGGCAGACGGUGUCGUAUCGGAAGAAAUACUCAAAACCGUCGCAAACAGAGAAUUCAAUCACUGGCCAUCCUAAAGGCGGCGCCACUACUUCUGAAGUCUUUCGGUCUAUCGAACAACAUUCGGAGGAACUUCGACGCCGAAUGGUUGAGGCUCAGCCGAAGGUAGACGUCGUCUUUGACGGAUCUAAGAGGCAUUCCGAUGAAGAAGAUGAUGGUGAUGUUGAACCUCCCGUUGCCGAUGCGGAGCUAAAGGAAGUUAAACAGAAAAGGCCAAAGAAGCCUAAAAUUACGGUGGCGGAGGCAUCUGCGAGAAUCGACGCCGGCGAUCUAGGUGCUUUUCUCGCUGACAUAACUGCUUCGUAUGAGAAACAGCAAGAUAUACAGCUGAUGCGAUUCGCGGAUUACUUUGGUCGUGUGUUUGCGUCUGUGAGUUCGUCUCAGUUCCCUUGGUUGAAGACGUUCAGAGAGUCCACUGUUGCCAAGAUAGUUGAUAUCCCUCUUUCUCAUAUCCCUGAAGAUGUUUAUAAGAUAUCAGCUGACUGGCUUAACCAACGACCUUUUGACGCACUUGGGUCCUUUGUCUUAUGGUCAUUGGACAGCAUUCUCGCUGACCUUGCAAUUCAUCAAGGAGUUCUUAAGGGUUCUAAAAAGGUUGUUCAACAAGCAUCUUCCAAUUCUCAGGUAGCCAUAUUUGUAGUUUUGGCCAUGGUACUGCGACGGAAACCUGAUGUUUUGAUUAAUUUAUUGCCUAAAAUGAGGGGAAAUCCUAAAUUCCAAGGACUAGAUAAGCUUCCAAUCACCAUCUGGAUGAUUGCGCAGGUCACCCAAGGAGAUUUGGCUGUAGGACUGUACAUAUGGGCACAAGCUCUCUUGCCUGUGCUGAGUGGCAAGCCAAGUAGUAAUCCACAGUCUAGAGACCUGAUUUUACAGCUGGUGGAGAGAAUAUUAUCCUCUCCCAAAGCCCGCCCUAUUUUAUUAAAUAGUGCUGUCAGAAAAGGGGAGCGCCUAGUGCCACCCUCAGCUCUUGAGAUCUUGAUGAGAGUCACCUUUCCAGCACCAUCAGCUCGUGUUAAGGCAACUGAAAGGUUUGAGGCUGUUUAUCCAACCCUGAAAGAGGUUUCCCUAGCUGGUGCCCCUGGUAGCAAAGCCAUGAAACAAGUUGCACAGCAGAUAAUGCAGUUAGCAGUCAAAGCUGCUGGUGAAGGUGUUCCCGACCUGUCAAGUGAAGCAAGUAACAUUAUUAUCUGGUGUUUGACUCAAAACCCUGAAUGUUAUAAGCAAUGGGAUAUGGCUUAUCUAGAUAAUCUUGAAGCAAGUGUUGCUGUUCUUAGAAAGCUGUCUGAUGAAUGGAAGGAGCACUCUGUUAAAUGUCCUACUUAUGAGCCUUUGAGGGAAACCCUGAAGAGUUUCAGGCAGAAGAAUGAAAAAGCCUUAACAGAGACAAACGAUAAUGCUCGCAUUGCAUCAUUGAAGGAGGCAGACAAGUAUUGCAAGGUGAUUUUGGGACAAUUGUCGCAAGGCCAAGGAUGUCUCAAGGGCUUAGUUUUUGUCUCUGUUGCACUGGCUGCAAUUGCAGUUGUAAUAUCCUCCCAAAAUAUGGAAAACUGGGACAUGAAGAAACUGUUGGAAAUGCUUAGUCCAACUUAAAAACUCUAUGAGGUACUAUCAAUGAAAGUUCAGCGGCUAGUAUCACACCUAUAGGAUAAACUAUUUUCUUACACAAGGUAACCCUUUAAAAAAUGGGAGAGGCUGAUUUUGUUUGUUGAAUUGUAUGUUCAGGAGAAAUCAAAAUAGAAUCCCAGGUACCAGCUUUGUGGGCUGUCAUUACAAGAGUGUUGAGCGUUCGAGUUUGGUGUAAGUUUAGUGACUUCUUAUCAUUUCAUAAUGACACUAAUUUGGAUCAA